UUUUUUUCAGACUCUAAAAACGAGAUGUACUGCGGUGCGGAUGUCAUGAACUAAUCGUAUAAAACAUAAACAAACAGUUAACAGAACCUAUAAUUUCACUAAUUAGCUAUACAAUUAUAGAAAUAUGAUACAAGGAACGCCUGAAGAUAUAAUACAGCAAUCAAUAGACAGUAUUGAGAUUGAACCUGAGCUUCUAACGUUGGACAGAAUAGAAGAUACCAUUCAAUCUAUAAAAGCGAUCCGGGAUGAAAAGAUCGAAACAUUAACCAAUAAUAAUUCAAAAUUAGCCAAUACUAUAGGUCAGUUAAAUCAAGAGAUUAGAUUAUUAACUAAGGUCAGUGACUAUAACUAUGAAAUCAUUAAGAAUUUAACUACUAUUCAUAACUUAAGAGGGAUAAACACAAUUGAAGAUAUAAAUCGAGAUGAUAAUAUAUUUAAAGUAUUAUCCAAAAAAUCAAUUGAAUUAGAUAAUGUAAAGGUUGUAAUUGCAAAGAAUUUGAAUGAUUUAGAGAGUUCAAUAAAUUCAUUGAAGUUGAAUAAAAGUAAUCUCCUAAAAGAAAUUGAUCAAUUACGAACAAAAUUAUCUAAUAUAUUCAAUAAUGAUCUUGAAAAGUCAUCUAGUACAUCAGGAAAUAGUCAAGAACAAAGGGAUGAUAUUCUCGAGCAAGAUUCCAGCAUUCUUCAGAUAAAUUUAUUCAGAAAUCUUGGAGUAAGAAUUGAAACUUUUGAUAAUGAUAUUGCCGAUGAAUUGGUAGAUAGUGAUAAAAAAUCACUCGACCAUAUAAUCAUUCAUAAUAAAGGAACAAAUUUAACUAGUGUCUUGAAAGUAGAACCACAAUAUAGUGAUUAUUUCAUAUCCAACUAUAUAUGGGAGAGAUUAGAAGGUUAUGAUUGAUCAAAAAGACUACAUAAUUCAAUGAUAAAUAUUUCUAUGUUUUCUUUAUGCUAUGUACAAUUAUGGGUAGGUU